UUGACUUAUGUGCAAAGGACUGCAGAGCAAAUUGUGGUGUCAAAUCAACUAAAAUUCGAAAAUCAUUAACAUGGACGGUUUUGUGAGUUCGUAAAAUUAGCAACUGGCAGUUAAUGAAGUCCGUCGUGGCGUAUCGAGCGCGAUCGUUUACACAUAAUAUAUCUGUGCAAAUAAGACCUCAUACAUGCUUGCUUUUGUCAGUCGAAGGUGUUAUUGAAAAUCGGCCACCUAAUAUUUUCUCGUUUAUGCAGAGCGUCGUUAUCGUGGUUGAUUUGCGAUAAGCUGCCAUGCCGUUAGUAAUCUUAUCAUUGAGUGAUAAUAGUUAUAAGUGUCAGUGAGUUAUGCGCUGUACGCUACGCUGGUACUUGUGCCACGACAGGUAACUCCUGAAGCCAGUUGGAAAAUCUGUACAUAGCAGUGUGCGCUUUUGGGAGUGACCAUGACGCCCAAACAUAUUUUCAUGCUAUUGUUGGCACUAUUUGCAACUGCAGUGGCUCAAAGCGAUGAUGAUUUACCUAUUGCCGUUGAAAAUGACAAUCAGUUCCCACCUGAGAAGCAGUCGGAAUCUGAUGGGAAUCUAAUAGAGGGCAGUGGAGCAGGCGUCAUAGAUGAGCCACUUGAAGGGACAACUGUAGCACCGGCGCCAUUACUUCAAGACGUGCAACUAAAUUCAUUCAUAGAUAGCGCACCCGCUGCUGAAGCUGAGCACGUGUGUCCUACACCAUGCGUUUGCAAUAUCGAAGGGGACACAAACAAAUAUAUUGUUGAUUGUUCUGGGUACGAGUUAACAGAACUGCCAAAGCCUCUGGAUCCCAAAACAACGGAGUUGAAGUUACAGAAUAACAAGCUAACUGAAAUACCAAAAGACAUCUCUGAUUUGAAGAACUUAAAGAUAUUGAAUGUUGACAACAACGAAAUCAUGGAAAUCAUUUCUGGUUCCAUAAGUGAACUACCUGAACUAACAAGUUUGAAACUAGGAAACAACCGUUUACUGGAGUAUCCUCAAGAUUUGAAAAACGCCUUUGGUUUAACGAAGUUAGAAGAACUUGAUCUGGGGGGUAACGAUAUGAGAACGGGCCUUAAACCGGAAUCCUUCUCUAACUUCAAAGCUCUGCGCUCAAUCACAUUGCCAAAGGAUGCUGCAAAUCUAGUGGAUGAUUUGUGUGCUACUUUAAAAGAAACUUUAGAAACUGUAUGUACAGAAUCGUGCAACACUAAAGCAGUUGAAUGCUCAGAAGCACCACAAGACACAUUCGGAGAUAUCGCUCUACCAGGAUUAAUUGCUCUGGUAUCGGGUGAUGAAGACGGAGAAGACCCGAUUUUAAGCUCUACGCCUAAAACUGAAGAAGCUACUGUUUCAAAAAAAGAAGAAGAAGUGCCUCCAGUAGUUAAUGUAGAAACUACUGAAACUGCUACGUUGGCUACAAAUGACUCGACUAACUCAGCAGGAGAUUUUUCACUUCGUUCUGCGAUUAUUAAAGCAUCGGAAGAAUCAAAGACAACAAAUGCAGAGGCUACUAGUGAAGCUACUGUCAAAUCAGAAAGUGAAGUGGUCGGAGCAACAACUACAGGAACAAAAACUGGAGGUGUUGACAAAAGCUUGAUUGGAAUGAUUGUAGCUGGAAUGGUUGUCGUAGUAGCGGGAAUAACAAUUAAGAAAAAUUGGAGCUCUAUUAAAAAUCGUUUUAGUUCAACUCCAAGAAAUGCAAAUGACCGAACACCCGUCAGUGCAAACGGAACCACGCCUGAAGAAGUGCCGCUUCAGGAGAAAUCUCCAGUUUAAGCAAGAAAAUAUUAAUUUUGUAUGUUCUGUUAUACUAUGUUGAGAUAUGUUCUGUUUCGAUCUGAAUGAUAUAAUUUAUUGACCUUUAAAUUAAUGACAUCUUGAACCAGGUCCAAAAUGUGUGAAUGAUGAAGUGUAUUAAUGGAUUAAUUGAUAUGAACAUAGAUUAAGUUUAGUAGAUGUGGCAGUAUUUUUUGUAAAUAUAUUAAUAUUAUAACAUUACGAAAACAAUGUACACAAUAACUUGUUUUUUUUUUUUACUUUGACAUAAUAAUUAAGUGUAAUAAUAUCGAAAUAAACGAGAUGUUUAUUUAAA